AUGAACUCUAACGAUGAUUUGACAGACAAGUCUCACAAGUUGGUAAGACAGCUGCAUUGGAAGUGCGAUGAACAAUACACGGAUUGCGAGACCUCCAUCUUGAGAAUUUCGGCGGGUUCCUCUGCAGGCGGAGGCGCCGAGGCCGCGUGGGAGGCGUGCGUCGGCGGCGAGGCGUGGCGAGGGCGGGAGCCGGUGGACGUGGGGGCGGUGCCAUGGCGAUGGAUGCGUCGGCGCCCAGGGGAGUUGGAGGAGCGGUGCGUCGGCGUGGGCAGCGGCGUAGCAGCGCUGGCGGGGCGAGGGCGGCGGGAUGAUCCAGGGAGGUCGAGCAGCGCAGGAAGGACGACGCGACGCCCACGGGACUCCAGUGACAAUCGCCGCCCAGCCCGCUCUCCACCUGCCACCAUGGUCCACUUAUCGCAUUUCGCUACUCUGCUGUCCGGGCUGCUGCUGCUAGCGGCGCUGGGGCGGCUGGGAGGCGCCGACGCCUGCGACAUCUGCGGCCGCGAGUGCAUGGGCUCCUGCGGAGACACGCGCACCUUCGUCACCUGCUGCUACAAUUACCUGCGCAAGCGCGGCGUGGGGCCGGUGGGCACCGCCCCGCUGGGGCUGGCGCCGCUGGCGGCGGCCGCCUCCGACUACGCGGGGCCCGCUCCGCCACCGCCCGCCCUGCGGCCCCGCGCCGCCGCCUUCCACCUGCGGCCGCCCUCCCCGCCCGCCGCCGCCGCCGUCGCUCUUUACGACGAUUGA